UGAUGUUAACCUCACUUUAAUUCUCCAUUUCCGUUAUUAUUUCAUAUCUGGAAUCUGGAACCACUUAUUGAGCCCUUAAAAUGAAUAAAAGGACACCAAAAAGGGAAAAAACUGUAAAUAGUACCUUAUCCCCGAUCACUCUGACAGAAAGUCCGGGAUCUGGAUCACCCCAAAAGAACUUGACUGGGCCAGCCAGGAUAAUAAAGGAUAUUAUAGCAGAUUUAUAUAAUAAUAUUCAACGUUGGAAUUCACAUCAUAUUAAUGGAUGUUCAAUUGUGAAACAAAUUGCGUCAAUAAAGUCUGAUACCCCGAAAAUCAGUUCUAUUCAGCUUGAAGAAAGUGUCAAUGAACUGUAUAGUGUUGUUCAGCAACUAGAAAUCAAUAGGAAUGUUUUCAUCACUUUAAUAAAUCAAUGUGAAGCAUUUCCUAAAUUGCCUAAUGUUGAGAAUCCUGUAUUCUUUUCAUUAGAAGCUUCAAACAUAGCACACUAUGUAAAUUCUAUUUCUUUAGCAUAUAUCAAUGAAUUUAAGACAAAGAAACUUAUUUUGGAAAACAUUGCAUUUUCAAAAGACACAAAUGAUGUUAUGUUUCUUGCUACAUACUGGACACAUCAGUUAAACAUUACAGGCUUAAGUAAUUUUUAUUUAGAAUGUUUACUUGUUGAAACAGGUCAUCGAGUAAUAAAAUAGGGUUUUAAAACAUUAUUUAUUUAUAAAUAGGUAUAUAAAUGUGUAAAAAUAUUUUAUAUAUAAGUAUAAUUAACAUAAUAUAGGUAUAUGAUAAUAUUCGAUAUAACAA